AUGUCUUUAUGUGUUUUGUCCACCCUGCUCUGUCCUUCCCUGCGCUUCCCUCCCCGUGCUCUGUCCUCCCGUGUGCUGCCCUCUCCUACUCUACCCUCCCCUGCUCUGCCCUCCCCUGCUCUGCCCCCCCCUGCUCAGCCCUCCACUGCUCUGCCCUCCCCUGCUCUGCCCUCCCCUGCUCUGCCCUCCCCUGCUCUGCCCUCCCAUGCGCUGCCCUCCCCUGCUCUGCCCUCCCCUGAUUUGCCUCCCAUGCGUUGCCCUCCCAUGUGCUGCCCUCUCCUGCUCUGCCCCCGCCUUACUUUAAAGUGCUAUGUCUUUAUGUGUUUUGUCCACCCUGCUCUGUCCUUCCCUGCGCUUCCCUCCCCGUGCUCUGUCCUCCCAUGUGCUGCCCUCUCCUACUCUACCCUCCCCUGCUCUGCCCUCCACUGCUCUGCCCUCCCUGCUCUGCCCUCCCCUGCUCUGCCCUCCCCUGCUCUGCCCUCCCCUGCUCUGCCCUCCACUGCUCUGCCCUCCCCUGAUCUACCCUCCCGUGCUUUGCUCUCUCGUAUGCUUCCCUAUCUUGAUCAGGCGCCCCACCCCUACUCUACCCUCCUUGCUCUCCCAUCCCCUGCCCUCCCCUCCCCUGCCCUCCCGUGCUCUGUCUUAACACACCCUUUUGCGACAUGUUUUUGGGGCAGGGGCGAGAGGAUGAAGGAUCCUUACGGGAUCGAUCGGUGGGUAUUCCCGGUUAACUACGCCUACGUUGGCGACUACCCCGAACAGUCCCUCAAGUGUUCUGCCCUCCACUGCUAUGGCCUCCCAUGUUCUGCCCCCCAAUGCUCUCCCCUCCCGUGUGCUGCCAGUUCAUCCUCUGCCCUUCACUUUCCUCCCUCUGCUGCUUUGCCGUCCCAUAUGCAGCCCUCAAGUGUUCUGCCCUCCCUUGCUAUGGCCUCCCGUGUUCUGCCCCCCAAUGCUCUCCCCUCCCGUGUGCUGCCCGUUCAUCCUCUGCCCUUCACUUUCCUCCCCUCUGCUGCUUUGCCGUCCCAUAUGCAGCCCUCAAGUGUUCUGCCCUCCCUUUCUAUGGCCUCCCAUGUUCUGCCCCCCAAUGCUCUCCCCUCCCGUGUGCUGCCCGUUCAUCCUCUGCCCUUCACUUUCCUCCCUCUGCUGCUUUGCCGUCCCAUAUGCAGCCCUCAAGUGUUCUGCCCUCCCUUGCUAUGGCCUCCCAUGUUCUGCCCCCCAAUGCUCUCCCCUCCCGUGUGCUGCCCGUUCAUCCUCUGCCCUUCACUUUCCUCCCUCUGCUGCUUUGCCGUCCCAUAUGCAGCCCUCAAGUGUUCUGCCCUCCCUUGCUAUGGCCUCCCAUGUUCUGCCCCCCAAUGCUCUCCCCUCCCGUGUGCUGCCCGUUCAUCCUCUGCCCUUCACUUUCCUCCCUCUGCUGCUUUGCCGUCCCAUAUGCAGCCCUCAAGUGUUCUGCCCUCCCUUGCUAUGGCCUCCCAUGUUCUGCCCCCCAAUGCUCUCCCCUCCCGUGUGCUGCCCGUUCAUCCUCUGCCCUUCACUUUCCUCCCUCUGCUGCUUUGCCGUCCCAUAUGCAGCCCUCAAGUGUUCUGCCCUCCAGUGCUUUGCCCUCCCGAUUGCUGCCCCCCCAACCCCCACCCUCCCCUGUGUUGCCGUUCCGCCUUGGAGACCGGAUCCCCGGCAGUCACAGGGUCGUUCACAAAGGUGAACUACACCGACAAAUGA